AUGGGAUCUGAUCAACGGCAGCAGGAUGUAAGCCGUUCGAAAGUGUUCUUUCGCCGAGCUGUGCGUAUUAGCUCCACAAGUGUCUUCUUCACACCUAAAGAAGGAGAAUCUUUGGAUUUUCAAACAGUUUGUAGUGCUCCAAAAGCCCACCGUGAGCUUCUGCAAAAAAAUGGAAUGAUUGCAAAAGUUAUGCUUUCCAUUUCCUCUUCUUCAUUAGGAGACUUUAGUUCACAUCAAAGCCGAUUGAGGAUUUGGUGGAAAGUCUUAUUAAACAAUGGACUUGUACAACCAGAUACAUCUAGUGUGACUGUACCGGUUAGCAUGGAAAAUGAAUUGUGGCCUAUUGUAGAUGAAACGACAUUCACAGCUCGAAUGAAUAUGGCUGUUCAACGUUUGGAAAGUGAAAAAUUUAGUGAAUGUCCAUUUAUAGUACCAGUACUUUCUGUAGAAGAGUUUGUGUAUAAAGAGCCAGAUAUGAUGGGAACACUUGGUGUAAUUUGGAUGCCAAAUUAUACUUGUAAUUUACGGCAAUGGAGUGAGAGUCAACUUUCUAAACGAUAUAUCCCAGAAUUAACACUUUGUGCAUUAAUUAAUCAAAUGAUAAUAGCUCUUUUGGCAUUGAAAACAAGUAAUAAUAAUUUUUCUUCUUCAUAUUUCUUUAUGGAGGAUAUACUUGUUGCGGUUACGAAUUCAGAAGAAGAACCAACAUUUGUAUUAAAUAUAUUGGGAUUUCAAGAAGAGGAAAGACAUCAACAACAAAUAUUUUUAACUCAGAAGAGUAAUAUGUCAAAUCAUUUAUAUCCAUUUUUACCACCAGAAGUCAUUAUAAAUUCAAGUAAACCUUUUGGUAAUACCAAAUAUGAUAUCUGGGCAUUAGGAAUGGUUGUAUACCGUACAGCCUCUGGAUGUUCACAAACUAGUAAAAGAUUAUUUGAUAUUUCUCAUCGUAUUUUAAAUAGAAUUCCUGAACUCCCUUUAAAUCAUACUUCUUUAACACCAUCUGAUAUUAUACGUCGUGUACGACGAGAUCUUCAACCAGGACCAUAUAGUAAUCCUUUUAUACAUCUUGUGAUCUUUAUGCUUGCGCAAGAUCCUUUAACACGUCCCACUAUUCGUGUAUUAGAUCAGAUACUACAAGGGAUUUUACGUCAUAAACCAAUUCUUAGAUUUCCAUUCGCAAUUGGAUCUUUUGAUCUGUUAAGAGUACUUCAUCCAGAAAAUGUUCUCAUAGACCCUGUAAAGGGAUUAUAUAUUAUGAGUACAGAGUGUGUACUUUGUAAAAGAAGACGAAGUAGUAGCUAUGGGAGAAGUGGUAGUGGAAGUAGUAGUAAUAUGUGUAGUCAUCCUGCUUGUGGUCCUAAUGAUCAUAGACCAGCUGUCUGUUCACCACUGUGGUCCACAGAUGAAUUAUUACCUGGAUAUAUAGUGACAAAGUGUAGUCAAAUGACUUAUCUCUCUCCACUUGUGGGAAAGGUAGAAGAUAAAGAGAAACGUCGAUGUAUAGAAGCUGCACUAAGAGAAGAUAAUAUAGACAGAGAUUCUCUUUUACAACUUUUUGGUGGUUUUGCAGUACUUGAGGCUAAUAAUAAAGGAACUCUUACCACACGAGAGGUGAUGGUUCCAAUUCCAUGUAAUGUUCUUUAUAAGAAAGAAAAAAAGGAUGUUAUCACGACUAUAAGUUUUACAGCAGCAUUACCAUGGCCAUCUCAAUGUACUCAUCAAUUACAACAAGAAGGAAGAAUUCAACGGGCAGUUCCAGCUUUAUUUAGUAUUCGUAAUGUAUACUGGUAUGCAUGGAUUCUUCCUGGUGAAACUUUCUUAUUAGGUGAAAAUAAAUGGAUGCCAGCAGCUGAUGGGGCUUUUGUAUUUUGGUUUAGUGAAAACUUAACACCAACUGAACAGGAUCGUUAUUUUCUCGUUUGUAGUGUACAAUCACUGACACUUCAGGCAAAAGUAGAGACCACCGCCCUUCCAGAUCAUUCUUUUCAACGUGGUGAAGGUUAUUGUAAGUCACCCUAUCACAGUCCUUCUGAAAGUUCAUUUGUGAAGAUGAUAUCAUAUCAUCAAGAUGUACGGAAAAGACGAAAUCACGCCGCACGACGUCGUUGUACAAAUAUUUCAAUUGUAAAUGUUCCCAUUGGUCAACAAGUAAAAGAGGCAGCUGCAAUAGAGAUCAAUUCAACAGGACAUCUUAAUUCCCCUUCAGAUGGUUUAUCAAAUAUAAAUAAGGAAAAUAUAUUGAAUGGUUCUAUUUCUCUUCAUUGCCGACUUUCAAAGAAAAGUUCUCCUGUUCGUAUGAAUUAUAUAGAGGACAUAGGGUGUAAAGAAAUGCGGGAUCCUCAAAUAAACUUGCACGAUGCCAUAAGAUCACCUUCACUGGCAACAUUAGGCGCAGCAACUUUAGAAAAUUGGAAAGAAGAAAAGGAAGCAAAUAAUAUUCAAAAUAAAAAUAUAAUGAUUAAUCAAAAACCUACGGAAUUAGUAGAGAUUAGUCCAAAUGGUUGUGCUGUAAGCAUAGGGGAAAAGAAACAAUCUCAACCUUCUGAAGAGACUGUAGCAGAAGAGACUAUACCCUACAGAACUGCAGCCGCCGUAUCGCCUCUUAUACCAAAGGCAUCUGUAGAAGAAAAAGAAAAAGCGAGAGAAAUAGCCGAACCAACACUCAAUGCAUCCGAUGCGAUAUCAUCACCUCAACCAAAAAUCCAAAAAUCUCGUUUAUUAUCCACUAAAACUCCACUACGAAUAUUUGGUCGAUGGUAUGAACCACAGUGUGUAGAUGCUGAUUAUCAAUCUCUCACCUUUUGUAUUCCUGAAACGGGUGAACAUGGUCGUCUCUCUCAGCCGGUGCCGGUCCCUGUUGAGAUGCGUGGUGCCACUCAUGCGCCGAGUACUGCUGUUAACAUGGCAUUCUGUGCAAAUGAGGUGCCAAUCAUAAGACGCAAUCACCCGGAAUGUACAAUGGCACUUCCCCCACCGGGAGUUAGUAGUAUGAUACCACAUCAUGGACUUGUCUUUUAUGAUGCGAAAAACAAAAUUGUGGGUCUUUUGGCUUUUCGUUUUGCCACCACGAGUUAUCCAAACUUGGCACUUGGGGAAUUACUGUUGCCCUUCCGCUUUCACCCACACCUGAUCGCAACCUCCUCACUGUUGGGUCAACUCAACCCAGUAUAUUUCACAGGUAAUGCCGUAUUUGAGGACUCCGCACAUGGAAGCCGAUGUUGCCUUAAGGAUGAAGAAAAAACACCCACAACAACAAUAAUGACAAGUGGUGGAGCUGCAGCGGAGUUGCUGCGGCACUCGUCCACUUCAGGAGUUGCAAGAUCGUUGCGGUUGUCCAUCACCGGUGCUGGUCUCACUUCAUUUGGCGACCCAAACCCGCGGUGUACCCACAGCGAUGAUGAUGCACUUCCCGUCUCUUGGUUGGGCUUUGAUCCCAUCUCGCAGCGAUUGAUGCUCGCCGAUGUGCAGCAGGAAGUGUGGCACCCGAUUAGAUUUACCGCCGAGGAAUAA